GCUUACCUGGCCACACAGUAAUUGAAGAGCUAUCGGCACAUAAUACACAGACGCGUUUGUUUAUUUUUGUAAUAAUAUUUUUAGUGAAAGAAUUAAGUUAAAAUUAAAUAUGAUGUGAUAUAAGAACAUGAACAGUUUUCGUCCCAUGUUUAAGCUUUGUGUGUGUUUUGAUAGUAUUUUUAUGUAAUUUACUGACUUACUCAGGUAAGCGAUCUGCGGAAUACUACAUCUUGGCUUCUUUAAAAAGAUGCCCGUUAUUCAUUUCUAUUACUUUUGAAUGUAAGAGAACACGCGAAAUGGUUUCUCUGAUAAUUCCGUUUCUUCUUAGUGGUCUGAUUGUAGUUCAAGCUCGUGAAGGACUAGGAAAAAAUGGUGACCAUGAACUGUUGACAAAAGCUCAGGGUAGUAGUGAAGAAAACAAUGAUGAUAUAAAUGAGCUGCGUAGGACACAACAACAACAAGAGGCAAAAAUCCAUAGAUGAAAUGAAACGCAUUCAAAACCAAAAAGAUGAAACAAUACAUAAAAUACAACUUGAUCUGGAUAAUUUACGGUUUGAAAACAGUCAGUUAAAACAGUCUUUUUCGAAAUGCGCGGGACAAAUUCAAACAAUAUUGGUCGCAUUACAACAUUUGGAGAAGACCAAUAAGGGCUAUGAGCCAGCGAUGAAUGAAAUUAAAAUGAAAACAUUCGAGGCUGGAACAAACACUUUGUUGGAAGCUGAAGCAACAAACAAUGGAACGAGGUCUCAGUCCGGAUAAUUUCGAAAAAUAAGUUUAAUGAGCACCGAUGAAUCCAAACGGGAAGAAACAACACAACACAAUGAUGGAGAAGAUGCCGUCAAACGAACAGUUAGUGGACGCCACGCUGGAACAGAUUUGGUGGCUUUCUUUGCAACCUUAAGCCAAACAGCUGAACAUCUUGGCGCACACCAGAACGUGUUGUUCGACAAUAUCAUUACAAAUGUGGGCUCAGGCUAUAACCAACACCUGGGAGGUUUCACAGCCCCUGUCUCUGGGAUGUACGUUUUCAUGACGACAGUGAUGUCCCAAACUGGACACAAUGCCCAUUUUCAAUUGCUUCGCAAUGGCCACGUAGUUUGUAAUAUGUACGUUGGUGGCAAGGGCUAUACUUAUAACCAUGAUGCAAGUGCUGGAAGCUUUGUCCUUCAACUCAGCAAGGGUGAUGUUGUUGCCAUACAGAAUUUGGAUUCUGGGGAGAUCCUAUUCGGAGGUCAUUACUCGUAUUUCUCUGGGUUCCUUUUGAAGGCAAUUGAAGAGGAUCCUUCGAUCAUAGGAUGAAUCAGCAAUCGAAAUACAAUGUAAACAAUGUUAAUAAAAUAAUGAAAACUG